AUGAUCAACUUGGGGCAUCUGAAGUAUCUCACCCAGUUCGACAAAAUGGAGGGCUACUGGCGGAAUCUUUUGAAGGACUACCCCGAUCAUCCGGUGCUUGGCCAAGAGGCCACAAGUGUACCUUUGACGCUUUAUGGGGAUGAAGGGCAAGCACUUGGUGGAUCUUGGAUGAACUACCACUGGUGCCCCGACUUGAGCCCUUGCAUCUCCACUUCGGCCUGCAGCAGGUUCCUCAUAUGCUGCAUUCCAGCGUCCAUGUAUGUGUUUGAUGAGAAUGGCGUGAAUCUUACUCUUCAAGCUGCUACAGCUGCCAUUCGGGACAGCUUCAAUGAGCUGUCUACAACUGGUGUUCCCAUUCUGGACCCGAAGACUGGCGAGCGCGUCUUGACGCUGAAAUUUUGGAUUACUAACAUCAAGGGCGACUGGAAGUUCCUCCAUCAGACCUUCAGCUUUCAGCGCUAUGUGUGCUGGAUGUGCCGGUGCACAAAGGGCAGUAACGAUGCUGCCUGGUCCUUCACCAAUGUCCACCCCACUGCGCCUUGGAUGGCCACGAUCUAUCAAGAUAGCCCUUGGCUGGUACAGCCAUCGCUGGCAAGUCUACAAGGGUUCAACUUGAAGAUGCUUGCAGUCGACAUCUUGCACGCCUUUCACUUAGGCUGCGGCCGUGACCUUUGCGCCAGCGCCAUACGAAUGUUGGCCAGUCGACCCGGACAUUGGCAAGGUCGUACACAGGAGGACAGGUUGCAGUCCGCCACAGUUCGACUGCGUGAGUAUGCAAAGGCGAACAAGCUCACUUUAACUCUUCGACGGUUGACCAAGGUGAACCUCACGUGGGAGUCCUCCGAAUACCCAGAACUUCGAUGCAAGGGCUACGACACGUUUGUGGUUUGCAAGUGGCUUUCAGCAGAACUUACAACACGAGAUUGCGGAGAUGAUCUGUUGGCGACGGUGUGUUGGUCGGCGGACUCCUUUGUAAGAGUCAUGAGCAAGGCUGGGAUGUUCAUGACGAAUGAUGAGUGGCGCCACAAAAUUCAUGUGGGCCAUUUGUUCUUGUGUUCGUAUCUGCAGUUAGCAUCCCGAGCCUUGCAACGUGGUGAGCGCCUCUGGAGGCUUCGACCCAAAUUCCACCUACUAUGGCAUGUGGUGCAUGAGCACCGGAGCUCGCAGCUGAACCCUACAGUGAAUUCCACGUGGAUGGACGAGGAUGCCAUGAAGCGUUGGAUGAGAAUCACCCGGAUGACACACAAGCGUACUGCUGCGAUCCGUACGCUGCAACGGCUGAUCGGCAUUGGGCAAAAGCUCGCUGACAGCCCGGUGCAGGAAGGAUUGGAACGCAUCAAGGAGCAACAAAAGGAGUUCACCAAACUCUUCAAGAGCUUCGCCAAGCUCGUGCGUUGCUGCAAAGGUUGGACUUGGACCUUGCUGCGGCUCAGAAUUGACGACGGCUGUGAGGUGAUGGUGAGCCACUUGGGGUAUGGCACUGCGGUGGUGCUACGGUCUGGCAUUACGAGGGAUCUGGCAGCAGCUUGGGUCGAGGAGGUGUUUGCACGGUGGAGCAAGGGGGCCAUCAGGCAGUGCACGAUCCUGGGACACUAUGAGUGGCUGCCGGCGGGUCAAGGCCCAGUGCUGACCCACAGAUUGGGCGUGGAGUUGCGGGAUCAGACCUGUUGGGCCAAGAAGCGGCUCAGUUUUGCCCGCAGGCAUCACAAGGGUGCCAAGUCGGAGAGCGACUGCAGGUCUUUGUGCCGUUCCGAUGCCACUUGUUCUCAUUUCCACACCUCUGGGAACGACUGCUACUUUUUCUCGGGCCUUUGCAAGGAUUCUUCAGAGCAUGCUUGCAUCCACAAGGACGUAUGGGUCUUUGAGCAUUUUGCGGGAUGUGGCGAGAGAGGAAGCUGCAUCGACAUCAACCUUCCUGACUUCCACUAUGUGGGGGGGGAAUAUUGCCCACGUGGGGAGAACGUCGAGACGACGGGCCAAGGGCCUGUGUAUUUCAAGCAAGGCUUGACAAAGCAGGAAACUUUCUGGCUGCAGCGCUAUGACACAGCCCGGGGCGAUAACCAGUGUGCCAGUGGCGACUGGGCCAUUUUAAAGCCAGAUGCCGACAAGGACUACGAGAACAUUACCAUGGGAUAUGUCGAGCUUCAUGGAUCCAUCGUCGCAUGUGUCAAAUCCAACAGUGUUGAUUUGCCCAGCGAUGUCUUCGGCAACAAUGAUGCGCAACUGACGGUGAAGAAGCUGUCAGUGAGCGGCGCUAGGGCGACGGUUGCAGCACCUGGCUGUCAGACUCCGAAUGUCACAACUCAGGACAAGGAAGAAGCAGCAGCGGAAGCGAACGAGCAGUCCGUGUAUCCAUUGGUGUUCGAUGACCCUGCAACAGACAUGGCUGAUGACCACUGGCUUCAUCCGUGUCAAUGUGUCCCUGCAAAAUGGGGUCCUUGGCCUCCAGUGGCAGGCGAGAGUAUUGCAGAUGUUCCCGCUGGCAGCAACAACGAGUUCAUCCCCCCUGCCUUCCAGAUUGUGGAGGGAGAAUUUGUUUGUGAGCAGGAGAAUCUCAUUGAGAUCCAUGUCGAUUCAGAGGAUGAAAUUCAAGAUGGCGCCAACUGCAGGACUAGGUGCCAGGCCAAGCAAUGUCCCUACUACUGGGAAGGCCUGAAUGCCUGGGCUUGCUAUGGCUUGCUGAUUGAAGUUUUAAACACCAAGAAGCAGUAA